CUCAAACCUCCCUACACUUUACAAACAAAAAACAACCACCUAUCAACAUCUAAAUUAUUAUUAUUCACAUUUUCACUUUUCCGGCCAUGAAAACCACUUUAAACCCAACUGCACCAGAAUUCCGGCCAGAUUACUAUUCACACACAUACUCCUACCCUUACAACUUCUUCAGCAACCCUUUGCCACCACCACCACAACUCCCACCACCAUCACCCACUCCAACAAGAACUCUACUUCUAAGCUCAGUCCCAUCUCACGUGACCGAACUGAUAGUUCGGAGAGAUUUAGAAGUUUUUGGAGAUGUAAGAGCCGUACAAAUGGAAAGGGUAAGAGAAGGAUUAGUUACCGUACAUUUUUACAAUAUCCGGCAAUCGACAAAUGCGUUGCACGUGAUCCAGUUGCAACACAUGCAGCAGCAGUAUCGUCUACGGAAACACUUUGAUGCACUGGUGGUGUACCAUGCUAGCUGUUACUCGUUGGUUCCGGUCCCUCCGCCGGCCGGCCCUGGCCUGAUCGCCGGUUGUGCUGUCUGGGCUCAGUUCACCUUCCCGGUGGUUGCGGCUGAACUUCCUGAUGGCUACAACCAAGGGACCCUUGUUGUUUGUAACUUCAACUCUGAUGCUAGAAGCCUUAGAGAGACUUUUGGAGCUUUUGGAUGUGUAAAGGAAUUGCGAGGGACGCGAUUGGAAAAGAACCGCAAGUAUGUCGAGUUUUACGACACUAGAGAUGCUGCUAAAGCUCGUAAUGGCCUUAACGGCAAAGAAAUUAACGGCAAAACGGUGGUCGUGGAGUUUAGCCGUCCCAGUGGUCACAAAUUUACGCUGGAAUCACGUGCUUAUCACCGUCCACCUCCGCCAUCUUCACCUCAGUUAAAGAAGACCGAAGCAAAACCACUAGAGCAAACCGGUGGUGGUGCUUGGACUAAACAAAGGAAGGGUUUGAGACAAGCGAGAAAUAAGUAUGAUCCAAGGUAUUUUAUCAAGGAAGAUGAGGUUAUUUCUGAAUCGAGUAUUUCGGAUUCUAGAACUACGGUUAUGAUCAAGAACAUUCCAAAUAAAUACAGUCAGAAACUUUUGUUAAACAUGCUCGAUAGUCAUUGCAUUCAGUGCAACGAGCAGAUAACCAACGAUGGCGGUGGCGUAGAGCAACCAUUGUCUUCCUAUGAUUUCGUCUACCUCCCUAUUGAUUUCAUGAACAAGUGUAACGUAGGAUAUGGGUUCGUAAACAUGACGUCGCCAGAGGCAACAAUGAGGUUCUACAAGGCGUUUCACCAACAAAAUUGGGAGGUCUUUAACUCCAAAAAGAUCUGCGAAGUUUCUUACGCCAGAUUGCAGGGUGUGGACGCAUUGAAGGAGCAUUUCAAGAACUCUAGGUUUCUAUGCGAGGAGGAGGAGUACAUGCCAGUGGUGUUUGAUCCGCCACGAGAUGGCCAGAGGCUAACUAAGCCAAUGCCGAUCGUUGGACAGAGCUUGAUAACACGGUUGUGCUUGACGGAUAACGAAUGUUGUAAUAGUAGUAGUAAUUUGACAGUUGUAGGAGAUGUAGAUUCCGAUGAUACUAACAACACCGGCUGUUAAUUCCAUGUGUUUUAAAAAUUUGGUUAAUUUAAUGUGGA